GUACAUCAUUUAGUAUUUACAUCCUCCAUCAUUAUUUUCUACGAGAUUGAAAUUUUCAAUUAUUAGUUCAAGACACAGACGAAGAAUUAAUUACUAAUCAUGUUAUCCAGAUUAGCUCUUCGUUCAGAACUAUUCCGAGUAACACCACUGUGUACUAGUGUCGUUCGCACCACACAAACCAAACCGGCGGUCGCUACCACUAAUGAAUCAAUCAUUGUACCAGGGUUCCCAAAACCCAAUGGCCAGCCUCAACCAAAUCCAUUUGACGGACCCGAACGUGAUCUUGUAAAUUUUCCCAGGAUGGUGAGGUUAGAAGAACCUGCUAAAACUAGGUAUUUGUUCGUACCUGAAGAGUGGUUUGAAGUAUUUUAUAAAAAAACUGGAGUUACUGGUCCAUAUGUUUUUGCUGCUGGUAUCACAACUUAUUUAUUAAGUAAAGAAAUUUGGGUAGUUGAACAUGAGUUCCCUUAUGUAUUGGCUACUAUUGGUUUGUUUUAUGUCGGAUGGAAAAAAUUUGGAUCUUCUUUAGCUAGUUUCCUCGAUAAAGAAAUUGAUGAAUACGAAACAUCUUGUAAUGCUAGUCGUAAAAGUGAAGUUGAUGGCUUAAAAAAAUGCAUUGAACACCAAAACCAAGAAGUAUGGAGAACUGAAGCUCAAAAACAUGUAAUUCAAGCAAAACGCGAGAACGUUGCUAUUCAGUUAGAAGCUAUUUACCGAGAACGAGCUCUACAAGCUUACAACCAAGUAAAAAGGCGUUUGGAUUAUCAAUUGGAUUUGGCUAACUUGACGCGUUCUGUACAACAAAGACACAUGGUUAAUUGGAUCAUUGAAAAUGUUCUUAAGUCUUUAACACAUGAACAAGAAAAGCAAAGUUUUAAAAAAUGCAUGGUUGAUUUACAAGCAUUAGCUGCAAAAGCAUAAAUGUAAUUUUAGUUUGAGCCAUUUUUUAGAAUAUUGUUUAAUGGUAUAUAAACAUAAUUGCUUUCUUUAAUGUACCCCUUUUACAGUAGAUUUCAUGCUAUUUAUAUGAGAUAAGAAUAAAUUAUUAUUAUGUAUAUGGUAUUAUUACUAUUCU